UUACUCCAACUGUUGUAGGGUUUGUUGUAUAAGUCAUCGUCAUGACUCAUGACGAAGUAUUAAUUAUGCCAUGAUGGUCAGAUGUUGCACGGUAUUCUUCAACUGUUAUUUGUGCGCCAUCUUGAUCUUAUGUUCUUAAAUAACGCCUUAGGUACUGGCUAUACACCUACUGUCUUAGCGUAAAUCGUGUUGACAAUCACACAUAACAUUUUUAUCAUUGAACAUUAUUAUUUCUCUUGAGUUGUUAAUUUAUUGUUAAACCCAACACGGACGUUUCAUCGUUAAUUAUCAAUAACUGUUUUGAGUGACUAUUUCGAUUUUCGUUUACUGUACGCGUGUAACUAUACGUUAACUAUACGUUUUGUGGCGGACAGCAGACCACGAUGGAAAACGAGAGAACGUACGUAGUACCUAGCUUGUUGCAAACAGCGGCACCGAACGCUUGCACCGAGAUCGAGCGUGGCAGGUUCGACUUUCUGGAGGUACCGGACGUCGAUAUGCGACAUUGUUGCGAGUCGCUGUUAGAAAUAUUAAAAAUCGAGAAAAACCGAAACGAGGGCAACGAAGGACAGACCAUGUCCAUCAGGUUGCAGUUGACCAGCAAGGACAAGAGGUUUCUAAACAUAUGCGAGGAGGCAGCGUCGCAUGGGCACAUAAAUUGCCUGAAACUCGCUCACGAGAUUGGCGUCCCUUGGAACGAUAAGGCGUGCAAACGGGCUGCGAGUUCGGGGCAUCUGGAGUGUCUACGAUACGCACGGGAAAACGGGUGCCCGUGGGACGAGAAUACGUGCAGCAAUGCCGCAUUAAAGGGUCACAUUGACUGCCUAAUAUACGCACGGGAAAACGGGUGCCCUUGGAAUGAGAAUACUUGCGGCCAUGCCGCAUUGAACGGUCACAUGGACUGCCUGAUAUACGCACGGGAAAACGGGUGCCCUUGGGACCAUAAUACAUGUACCGGUGCCGCAAUGAAGGGUCGCAUAGACUGCCUGAUAUACGCACGGGAAAACGGGUGCCCUUGGAACCUUAAUACAUGUAACGGUGCCGCAAUGGAGGGUCACAAGGACUGCCUGGUUUAUGCACGGGAAAACGGGUGCCCGUGGAACGAGUUAACGUGCAGCUUUGCCGCAUUUUCCGGUCACACUGACUGCCUGAUAUACGCACGGGAAAACGGGUGCCCGUGGGACAAGUUUACGUGCAACGAAGCCGCAUUAAAGGGUCACAUUGACUGCCUGAUAUACGCACGGGAAAACGGGUGCCCGUGGGACACGGAUACAUGCAACUUUGCAGCGAAAUACGGACACAAGGACUGCCUAGUUUACGCACGGGAAAACGGUUGCCCUUGGAAUGAGAAAACUUGCAGCUAUGCCGCAUUGAACGGUCACAUGGACUGCUUGAUAUACGCACGGGAAAACGGGUGCCCGUGGGACGCGAAUACGUGCACCUUUGCAGCGAAGAACGGACACAAGGACUGCCUAGUUUACGCACGGGAAUACGGGUGCCCUUGGAACGACUGGACAUGCUUAAGUGCCGCAACAAACGGUCACAUGGACUGCCUGGUAUACGCCCGGGAAAACGGGUGCCCGUGGAAUGAGAAAACUUGCAGCUAUGCCGCUUUGAAUGGUCACAUGGCCUGCCUGAUGUACUCACGGGAAAACGGGUGCCCGUGGGACGCGGAUACGUGCAACUUUGCCGCGAAGAACGGCCACAAGGACUGCCUAGUGUACGCACGGGAAAACGGGUGCCCUUGGAAUGAGAAAACUUGCAGGAAUGCCGCAUUGAACGGUGACAUAGACUGCCUGAUAUACGCACGGUUAAACGGGUGCCCGUGGGACGAGAAAACGUGCAGCUUUGCCGCAUUUUCCGGUCACAUUGACUGCCUGAUAUACGCACGGGAAAACGGGUGUCCGUGGGACGCGGAUACGUGCAACUUUUCCGCGAAGAACGGCCACAAGGACUGCCUAGUUUACGCACGGGAAAACGGGUGCCCUUGGAAUGAGAAAACUUGCAGCUAUGCCGCAUUGAACGGUCACAUGGACUGCCUGAUAUACGCACGGGAAAAAGGGUGCCCGUGGGACGAGAAUACGUGCAGCUUUGCCGCACAUUCCGGUCACAUUGACUGCCUGAUAUACGCACGGGAAAACGGGUGUCCGUGGGAUAAGCAAACUUGCAGCUAUGCCGCAUCGAUGUUUGGCGCGGAAGGCCACAAGAAAUGCCUUGUUUACGCACAGGAAAACGGGUGCCCUGGUAACCCCUACUCGUACUUAAAUGCCGGAACAAUGGACAGCCCGAUGUACAGACUGCAGGCGGACUCGUUUCCGUGGGAUGUUGAUACGUGCACCUUAGCAAAAAAGAACGAUCACAUGGACUGCGAGGUAUACGCACGUGAAAACGGGGGCGUAAUUCUGUUUUAGCAACCUAUCGAUUUUUCAAAUUUUUAUUUUACAUUCUUACAAAUCAACAUUAAACACUCAUUUUGAAAAAUCGAUAGGUUUGCUAAAUAAGUUGUCAAAACGGGUGCCCUUGAGACGAGAUGAAGUGAACCUACGCUGAACGGUCUCAUACCGAUUGUUCUACACAAAUAUUUGGUUGCCCCAAGGCCUAAUCAAUUCUUCAUAACUAGAAACUCAAGUAAUAUUUUAUCGUCAAUGUUUUUAUUCAUGUGACACAUCGACUGUCUUUUUUUUAUUAUGAUUGUAUAUGUUACAAGUUCUUAGAAUAUAGAAUAUUCUGUAUCCUGCUAAGGGCCAAUACACCAACUUAAUAUUGUAAAUUAUAAAUAAAAAGUUUGAUAAUCAUUAUAUAUUUUAAUCUUGUAUCAACUAUAAAUAAAAUGUAUUUACAUGGUAUAAAUUGUCAUAGAUGCAUAUAAUUCAACCGGACCUUACUGUAACGAAUCUAUGAAAUAAUACAUGCAUAUGCACCAGGACCCACUACAGAAGUGAAUACUUGAAUAUUUAA